CUGCAGUCCUAGUGAUGUAUUGAUGCAACUAACACCAAAGGUCUUGGCAGGAUGGUUAAUGACUCGGCUAAACCAAACUGUAAGGUAAAAAAGAUCAUGACUGACAAGCCACGGUUGUGGCUGUAUUCCAUAAAAGACAUACACCCAGGAGAGCAGCUUACCUUUGACUAUGGUGUAAAAGAUGCUCCAUGGAGAAAGCGAAAGACAGUGACUCUGCCCCCAAAGUAGAUGUAGGUCAUGAUGACAGUGAUGAUGGUGACGAUGAUUACGACCAAGAUGACAGAGAGGAUGACUUUGGAGUACGUAAGAAGAAACUAAAGAUGGCUUCUACAAGUACGUCAAAACCAACAGUAAAACCCAAACUGGCAGCAGCAAAAACAGAAGGAAUGGCAACAAAUACCAUUACUACAAAGCCAACAGACAGUGACUCUGCCCCCAAAGUAGAUGUAGGUCAUGAUGACAGUGAUGAUGGUGACGAUGAUUACGACCAAGAUGACAGAGAGGAUGACUUUGGAGUACGUAAGAAGAAACUAAAGAUGGCUUCUUCAAGUACGUCAAAACCAACAGUUAAACCAAAACUGGCAGCAGCAAAAACAGAAGGAAUGGCAACAAAUACCAUUACUACAAAGCCAACAGACAGUGACUCUGCCCCCAAAGUAGAUGUAGGUCAUGAUGACAGUGAUGAUGGUGACGAUGAUUACGACCAAGAUGACAGAGAGGAUGACUUUGGAGUACGUAAGAAGAAACUAAAGAUGGCUUCUACAAGUACGUCGAAACCAACAGUAAAACCCAAACUGGCAGCAGCAAAAACAGAAGGAAUGGCAACAAAUACCAUUACUACAAAGCCAACAGAAGAUACUGAGAGCUUGGUAGCUUCCAGUACAGACCAAGAACAGAGCGACAGUGAACUGGACAAUGGUGAUUUUAAACAAAGCAUGGCCAUUCAAGAAGCCAAUGAUGAAAGGUGGUCUGAUGAAGAUAUAAGUCUUGAGGAUAGUGGUGAUGAAUAUAUACCCCCUGUGAGCAGUGACUUUACAUACAGUGAGGAAGACAUUGUGGAUGCUGAUGCCCAAUAUAAAGAACAGUUAGAUGAGUCAUAUAAUGCUGAAGAACAUGUGUCGGACAGCACAAGUGAUUCUGAUGUUAUUCCUAUAGAGCAGGAGUUAGUAAAUAAGUUGACAAAACCGAAUUUAACUAUAAUGCAAUCAAAAAAGAAAGAGGAUGGCACUCGAAUAUGGGACAAAAAACACUGUUGUCAAUACUGCAUGAAGUUGGUGGCAAAACUGCCCCGACACUUUGAGCAAAAACAUAAGCACGAGUUUGAGGUGGAACAAGUUCUGUCUCUUCCGAAAAAGUCCCCUGCCAGGAAAGAGAAGUUGCGAGAAUUAAUGAAUGCUGGAGACUUUUUACAUAAUAAGAAUGUGAUUGCUAAACAAACAGGAAACUUGAUCCCUUUCAAGAGACCAAAAGAAGAAGAUUCAAGUAGGGCUAGCGACUAUGUCACUUGUAGCCAGUGUUUGGGCUUGUUUUUAGGACGUGAUCUCUGGAGACAUGCCAAACGAUGUCCAAAGCAAAAUCGCACUGCAAGAAAACAGAAAAGGAUCAAUCACCAGGCAGCUGGUUUAGCAUUGAUGCAUUCUAAUGAUUUUAGUAAAAAUGAAUCGUUCAAAACAGACAUUGUAAACAAGUUUUCAUCUGAUGAAGUAUCAUUUGUUGCAAGACAUGAUGAGCUGAUAGUAAGCAGCCACAUCAGCAUCAAUACGUAA